ACAGUCGGAAUUUUAACAUCGUGUUGGAAAGACGUGUGUAUGACAUGGAGCCAUAGCAUUGUUUGCAAAGUUUUCCUCUCAAUAAAUUCUUCCAAAUUGGUUUUUUCUACAAAACAAACAAAUAAUAUUAUCCUGUUUGUAACUUAUUCAACGGUAUACGGGAUUUUAUUUUUGAGUGUGAUAUUUAAGUUGUUAUUUUUGUAAUUAUAUUUUUUGAGUGUCAUCCGGAAUAGGUAGCUUAAACGCUACUUUAACUACUAUCUCAGCACAGUUUAAAUAAAAACUGUGUCUUCCUAAUUUUUUUUGUAUUAAAAACGGGGUGUGAUUUUUAACUAAUUUUUUCUAAUCUAAAAUAAUUUUUCAUCAUGGUUGAACGAAUUUUGGAAGAAACGGAACAUUCUAUUGAGUUAGAGAACUCGUCAACUUUAGCUCGUGGUGGUGUGACUACUGGCGUUGGAACUGGAUCGUCUAGUGACGGAGGCUCAUCAACAGUCACAAUAAUGGGCCCAAAUAAUAAUAAUAAUAAAGAUUCUGCCAACAAUGACGAUCCAACAGCUACAGCUGCUACUACAGCUAGUGCUGAGGGGAGUGCUUCGAAUGGUUGCAGUGGUGGGGGUUGUAAUAGUAGUAGUGUUGGAAGUGGUGGUUGUAUUGCGGUUCAUGGUGGUGGUAGCAGUGAACCAGGUAGUGCAAGUGAUAGUGGUGAAUGUAUGGAUGCUGAGACACGCGCUAAAGAGCUUGCACGUCGUAAGGAAGAAGCACGUAGGAAACGUCGUAAGAAGCGACGUACUGGUUCAUCAUUGGUAUCUUCAUGUUUCCAAGAAUUGUACAAAUUAACUGGUGAAAUAUUGGGCGAAGGAGCGUAUGCUAGUGUUCAAACGUGUGUUAAUAUCUACACGGAUCAAGAGUAUGCUGUUAAAAUUAUUGAUAAAAUUCCAGGACACGCUCGUGCUAGGGUGUUCCGUGAAGUAGAAACCUUUCAUCAUUGCCAAGGUCAUCCAAAUAUCAUUCAAUUGACAGAAUUCUUUGAAGAUGAUGAAAAAUUCUAUUUAGUUUUUGAAAAGAUAAAUGGAGGUCAAUUAUUAAGACGCAUACAAGAACAUGUUGCAUUUUCGGAAAUUGAAGCUGCCCAAAUUGUACGUGAAGUAGCCAGUGCAUUAAAUUUCUUACAUGCAAAAGGAAUAGCGCAUCGUGAUUUAAAACCAGAAAAUAUCUUAUGUGUGAACAAGGAUACACUAUGUCCGAUUAAAAUUUGUGAUUUUGAUUUGGGUUCGGGAAUUAAAUUUAACUCAUUAUCCAGUCCAGUUGCGACACCUCAACUCCUGACACCGGUGGGAAGUGCUGAAUUUAUGGCACCAGAGGUUGUGGAUGCAUUUGUUGGCGAAGCAAAUCAUUACGACAAACGAUGUGACCUAUGGAGCUUAGGUGUCAUCACAUACAUACUAUUAUGUGGUUAUCCCCCGUUCUAUGGGAAUUGCGGUAAAGAUUGUGGCUGGGAACGUGGUGACAAUUGCCAACAAUGCCAAAAUCAAUUAUUUACAUCAAUACAAGAUGGCCGCUAUGAAUUCCCAGAUCGUGAAUGGUCAACCAUAUCCGAAGAAGCAAAAGAUUUAAUACGUUCGUUACUUGUAAAGAACGCAAUGGGACGUAUUAGUGCCGCGGAAGUAUUACAACAUCCAUGGCUACGUAUGUGUUUAGAAGAACAACAAACAAACGUAGUAAAGCGUAGUGGUGACGCUGGUUCUAAAAUAGGACGCCCUCUCACCACACCAAGCGUAAUUAAACGUAACAAUUCUGCUCGUGAAUUAUCACAAUUCGCUGAGUCGGCAAUGGCUGUGAAUCGCGUGGUAUUGCAACAUUUCUCAAUGAAUUUGGAUUAUAUGGUACAAGAACGUCCAAAUAUUUAUGCACCAACAAAUCCAGGUGACGAUGGCGAAAAUAAGCAUAGACAAACAAAUUUAAUUGAUUCGGUACGAAGUUUACAUUUAGAAUCAACACCAAAAUUAAUACCAACUUACCAAAAACCAUCAAAAAUUUUCGGAUUAAGUCCACCAAGUGAAAGUAAUUUAAUACAACGGCGUAUGAAAACGCGUAACUCUUGUCAAUAUGAACAGAAAAUUGUGCAACCAAAUCAAGCAAUUGCUGUUGCAAGUCCUAGUGGCUAAAAUUAAAAACAGUUCUGUUUUUCUACAAUUUUUUUAAUUCAAUGUGUUACUGUGUUAAAAACAUGAUGAGAACUUUCAUCACCACCGCCACUUAAAAACCACCAGUUACUACUUUUCUCCGAAAAAAAAGUACACAUAAAAUCCAAGAAAAUCGUAUUAAAGGAUGCUUUCGAAAUUUGUGCCAUUUAAAAAAAAAAAAAACAAAACGCACAUAUGUCAAAGAAAUUGUUCGCGUUUUGUAUGUCUUGUGUCUUCGUGAGACGGAUUGUUAUCCGUAUUUCGUACUACUUCGUAAAGCUCCGUACUAAUAAUAUUAAAAUGACCGAUUUUCUUAUUGAUGAUAUGCGCACUUCAAAUCGGUGGUUCUAUAAAAAAAACUGUCAUCGUCAUCAAAUAUAGUUCUACAUCAAUUUAAAAAAAUCCUUCCUCAAAGAACACUUUGCGAUAUCACUGUGGUAAAAUAAACAUUUUUGU